AAAAAAAGUCCUACCCGAGUGAUUUUGAGGGUUGCACACGUGCAAAACGUGUAAACAUGGAUGUAUGAAAGAAACUGAGACAGCAGCAUUAGCAUUAGUGGCAAUUAUGCGGGGUUUUCGUGUGUAGAAAAGGUAGCUUGUUACGUUCUUUGUCGCUGUUUAAUUAACUUUAUUUUUUGUUAAAUGUCUGUUACGUCGGAUAAAGCCACGGGUUCAGAGAAACCUCCGCCUCAGAACUGGAUCCUGCAUCAUCCAGCGUACCUGGAAAUAAAGAGUCUGGAGGUCGAGGACAGCGCUCAGCAGCAUGCAGCCUUUCUGGUCUACAUGGACCUCACUGCGGUACGACGAUGGAAAGACGUGUCCUGUGUCAAGAGCUCGGAACUGCAGCUGGUGGUUUUGGAGGGUCGGGAAAAGGAAGGAGCAAAUAUCCAGACUGUUCUCCCGUUGCCUGUUCAUCGACCUCUGAGCCACGCCAGCAUACGGCAGGUGUUGGACAGAGGCUUCCCCAUGCUGCUGUGUGCGGUGGGGUCCGACUCGACCCUGGUCUACCAGAGGAUGACUGACGGUUUGGUCACGCCUGACCCUCCUGUGGGGCCGUUCCAGGAUGCGGGGCGCCGGCAGCAUCGGAAAAGACGACAUCAGAACUGAGCACCUGUGGGAAGAUGAGGACAAAGUAGAGAAGAACCCAGCAGAGACACAGGGACAGACAGUGAUGCUCAGUCUGUGGACGUUUGAGGUCCACACCAGUACGAAGUGAUGUGGAAGACAUUUGCAAGAAUGUCUCAUGUCCCCUUUAUGACCUCACAAAUUGCUGGUGACUCCAGAGAAUUUUUUUUUUUAAUUCCCUUUUGCUCUGAUUUUUUUAUAUGCUGUAUUUUAUGUGACUGUAAUUUUUUUACAGAUAAAAUAUACAGAUGUUUAAGAUUUUGUUUCUAAUAAUUAAAAAAAAUAGUGGAAAAAAUAUUUAUCAGUUUGUUUGUUUUUUAAUUCAUUUCUAGACUACACUAUUUCAGGUGUCCCCAUUUGAAAUCAAGAUGAGUCCACAUAGGGCCGCAUCCCCAAGGUUGAAAACCACUGCCUCU